UAGCCACAGAAACACCAAACACAAAAUCCAAACAACAAUGGAUUUCAAUCCUAUCCAACAAACCCUGUUACCAAACACCAACACCCACACUUCCUACUACGAAGAAAACGGGCAUUCGGUGAAGGUAAUCGAAUACAUGUUAUCAUCAAUGUCCAAUGAGCUUCUAACCAAGUUCCCCGAUAACUCGGCUUUUGAUUUCGAUUACACACAAAGCUCCAUUUGGUCUCCUUUACUCCCUCACCCAUCAAACCCCUCUUCCCCUGCACCCGAAUUGAAAAGGAAGCUUUCCUAUGAUGAGGUCGAUGAUGGAGAGAUGAUGGUUUUGAAGAAAUUUAAGCAGAAUGGUGAAGGGAAGAUAUCGGGUUCGUGUUUGUUUAGUUGUUUUAAAUUUGGAAAGAAUUGCGGGUUUAGUACUAAGAAGAAAGUGGUUGUUAUGAAGAGAAGGAGAAGUAGUUUUCGAGGGUUUGAUCAUUUGGGAUCGGGUUCUUCGAGUGUUGUUGUGGAUCAAGUUUGUUCUUCACCAUUUCGUACCAAGAUGAAGCAGGGAUGGAAGAAAGUGUUGAAAGCAGCAUCAAAGCAGUUCAAGAAGACAAUUAAGAAAAAAGAUUCUGGUGCUCAUCUCAAGCUCUCCUCAAAUGAUCACUCACAAUUUACUUAUUAUUACUAACUUAUUCAUCAAUUAUUUCAAAAUAAUUACCUUAUUAUAUUUAAUUUAUAUGUUGUUAAAUAUUUGUUGAAAACAACUUGUAUUUCUUGUAGAAAGUUGUUAUGUAUUUAACUUCUAGCGUUGGAAAA